UUAUGUUGUCGUCGUCUGUUCGUCUUUUGUCAAAACUCAAAAGUAGUCAUUCUGAUUCUGUUGCCGAUAGUGUUGACAUUAGAAUAAUUCCAUUAUAUAAAGUUUUAGCUUUACUACAAGUGUAAUCAUUUCAAAAGUUGUCAAAUUAUCAAUUGCACAUGGCUAUUAAUUGAUUCAACUAAUAAAUUUGAACCUUUAAAAUGGAGAGUGGUGAUGCGCUCAGUGGUAAACAAUUGGAUUCUAGAAAUAAAUUUGUGGCCUCUUUAGAUAUUGGAACCACAAGCGUCCGAUGUCAUAUAAUAAACAAUAAGGGUGAAACUAUUGGAGACAGCUCUGAACAGGUCAUAUUACAUUGUCCUUCAUAUGGACGAGUUGAAAUUGAACCAGAUACAUUGUUCGACUCUAUUGUGCAAGUGAUCAAGAAUGCAAUCAAAGAAGCGGGAUUGAAAGCAUCUGACAUUACCGUUAUGGGAAUUUCAUGUCAAAGGGGGACUUUUAUAACAUGGAACAAAACUACUGGCCAGCCAUAUCAUAACUUUAUUACCUGGCAGGACUUACGAGCCGACUCACUCGUCCAGCAAUGGAACAAGUCUAUGACCAUGAAGGCCUUGCGCAUGGGUUCCAAAUGUCUUCAUCUCAUUACUAGAAAUAGAAGAUUUCUCGCUGGCAGUGUUCUGCAACUCAUGAAUGCCCAGGUGACGCUGCGCCUGCUGUGGGUGCUGCAGAACGUGACGGGGGUGCGGGAGGCAGCCGACAGAGGCGAGCUGAUGUUCGGCACAGUGGACACGUGGCUGCUGCGUCGGCUGACGGGUGGCGACGUGUUUGUGACGGAGGUGUCGUGUGCCAGCGCCACCGGCCUCUUCGACCCGUUCACCAUGGCCUGGGCCGACUGGGCGUUCGCGCUCUUCAAGCUGCCACGCUCCAUGAUGCCUGCCGUCUGCGACUCAUCCGGCGACCAUUUCGGCCACACUGACCCCUGCCUCUUCGGAGCACCCAUUCACAUCGCUUCUCUCCUGUCAGACCAGUCGGCUUCCCUGUUUGGCUCCUGCUGCUUCCAAGAAGGCGAUGCCAAGGUGACAAUAGGCACAGGAUCAUUCCUCAAUGUCAAUACUGGCAGAAAACCUCACGCUUCGAUUGCAGGUACUUUUCUACUAAGCAGUUACUUCACUUUGUUAUUUUUCUCAACUUGUCAAAAUUGUCCUUAUCUUAUUUUUACAGGUUAUGUUGGCAACGAUCCUUCUGAAUCACAGAAAAUCGCCACUUCAGUACCGGAUAACGACGGAGUCUAUUUUGUUCCAGCAUUUAGUGGUCUACAGGCUCCAGUAAAUGAUGACAAGUCGGCAGCCGGAUUUCUAGGAGUGAAACGAACCACUCGGCCUCCUCAUUUCCUGCGUGCAGUUCUAGAAAGCAUUGCUUUCCGAAUAGUAGAGAUGCAUUCCUGUCUAGUCGGUGAAACCAGUUACAAAAUUGAUAAAAUAAGAGUUGAUGGAGGAGUGUCUCGCAAUGACUUUAUAGUACAGUUGAUAUCUGACUUGACCAACACGACGGUGGAGCGCGCCAAAAGUUCAGAAAUGUCAGUUUUGGGAGCUGCCACCUUUGCUGGAUUAGCAGCAGGUAUAUGGAAAGACCAAAACGAGUUGAAAGCACUUAGAAAAGUGGACAGGGAGUUUGAACCUCGAAAGGAUACUGCAUCAGAAUAUGCCUCUGUUUUCAACAACUGGAAGAAAGCUGUAGGAAGAUUCACUGGAUGGUAUGCCCAAGAGACUGCAUGACAAUUACCAAACACGACACUUAUAGUGUCGUUGGCAAUACUAUUUUUCUGUAACUAUUAUAUCCUCAACAUAGUUUACAGUAUAUUUUAAAGUUAUCAAGAAAAUGAUCAAUUCCUGAACUGAAAAGACAAUAACUAUUACUCUUCAAUGUUUGUUUCCAUUACGAACUGCUUGUUAAUAAUCACUUUUAAACUCACAUUAGUAUAGUAUAUAUUAGCUAUACUCACUAAUGUGAGUAUAAGCUAAUAGCUUUUAUUUAUAAAUACCUGACUGCUAUGUCGUAAUUUAGUUGUUUAAAAGUGAUUAAUAACUAUAAGUUGAUUUCCUGCCAUAUUAAGCAUCAGUAAUACAAUGUUCUCUCUGGCAAUUAUUCUUUAAUGCCUCAAACACGGAUUUCUUGGAUUUCGAAUCCAAGCCCUGAAGCUUCACCUCGAAUUUUCUCGCUAUCAUUGUUUAGAAAUAUCUGCAAUAAGCCACCUAAACUGAUGAUCAGUUUUGCGAAUUCUGUUCAAGAUUAUUCGGAAAUUGAGGAAAUCAUUAUAUUUAUAGCCUACUUGAUUAAUCGAGUGAUUGUUCUGUGAUUUUUUAAAAAAGGCGUAUAAUUCGUUUUUAUAAAAGACAACUGGAACUGAGUCUUCUAAUCUCCUGUCAAGUGCAAUAAUAUAUUAAUUGUAAGUUGAUAGCUUUAUACUCCUGUUGUGCAUUGAAAACUAAUUAUUCUGGCCUAGAACUAAUUUUGGGACGAACAUAUCAGUAAUUCUAUAAUCAAAGCCUUGUGAUUAGUGGGUAGUGGAUUUUUGUUGUUAUACGAUUUAAAUAUUCUAUACAAUUGAAUGAAUUGAAUUUUUCAAUGUUAUAAAAUAAAUAUUUUUAUAUUUGUUGUGAUUGUGAUCAUAUUAUUCAAUAAUUUGGAUCAUCAUGUUCAAUAGUAAAUAGAUUUUAUAUUACUAGCCUAUGGACAUCUUAAUGUCUGAUGUUGAUUGCUCAAUUUAUUGGUAUUAAAUUAUAUCAAUUUGUUCCAAUAAAGGACAUUUGAUGGG